AAUAGAAUGCUGGCUGGAAAUGACUCCUUAGUGACUGAAUUUAUUCUCGCUGGAUUCACAGACCGUCCAGAGCUCCAGCAACCCCUCUUUUACCUGUUUCUAAUGAUCUAUGUUGUCACCGUGGUGGGCAACCUGGGCUUGAUCAUUCUUAUUGGUCUAAAUUCUCACCUCCACACCCCCAUGUACUAUUUCCUCUUCAACCUGUCCUUCAUUGAUCUCUGUUACUCUUCUGUUUUCACCCCCAAGAUGCUGAUGAACUUUGUCUUCAGGGAGAAUACCAUCUCUUAUGUGGGGUGCAUGACUCAGCUGUUUUUCUUUCUCUUUUUUGUCAUCUCUGAGUGCUAUAUGUUGACCUCAAUGGCCUAUGAUCGCUAUGUGGCCAUCUGUAAUCCCUUGCUGUAUAAGGUCUCCAUGUCCCAUCAGGUCUGUUUGGUGCUCUCUUUGGCUGCAUAUGUGAUGGGAUUUGCUGGAGCUUCUGCCCACACAGGAUGCAUGCUUAGACUAACCUUCUGCAGUGUUAAUGUCAUCAACCAUUACUUGUGUGACAUCCUCCCACUCCUCCAACUCUCUUGUACNUGCUUGGGCCUGCCCAACCAAAGAGGUACUCCACCACCUGGUCACCAGCUAGGACAGUCAUACACAAAGGGGGCAGUGCCUACUGUGGUCAGGAGUUCCACAGAGCUGCUGGGGGUGUUUGUUUCAGGUGCUCAGACUUGUGAAGCUCAGCUUAUGGUGGUGGGAGGCUGGGCAGGGAAUCCUGAUGCUUGGGAUUCCAUCUCCAAGUAG